CCGCGGCCUGUGCGAUCGCCUGGAUUCAUCUGCUCGCUCUCUCGCUUGCCCGGCCACAGAUCCGGUCUAUCCGACGCCAUCGUCUGCACGACAGCGGCACUUCCAUAGGCUGUAUCCGUUUCCGAGACCACCGCACACAGUCGCCCCUUCCCUCCCUGAUUCUCGACAACGACUGCACACCAUGGACAGCGGUGCGGAGGACGAAGAGUUCAACGAAGGCUACGAUGAGGGCUACAUGGACCAUUACGAGGAGUAUCCCGAGGACGAAGAAGCCGAUGACUACGGCGAUGCAGACGCAACCGAAGAUGAUCCCAUGAACCAGGACUAUGCGGCCCAUCCCGGCGACGGCGAUCUCGAAAAUGGCGCCGGUGGUGUCGGCGACGACGACGGCCACGAUCACGACCUGGACCACGACCAGGACGAUCCCGUCGUUUUCGAGAUGGACAUUUGCAUCGCCCGCCAUCUGAAAAACGUCCUCCAUGUCCUGCAGUACCCGACCCGCUCGAUGCCCUUUGAUGAGGCGCACCACCCCCAGGUCGGCCGAUUCAAGUCAAAGUCGGGCCAGCUGGAGCUGGACAUUCCGCUGGCCACAAACGACAUUCACUACAACCAUCAGACAGGCAUGAACCUGGCCGAGGGUUUGGACGACAAGCCAUUGCGGACUGCAUAUGAUCGAGAGCUUGGUGUGUCGGCGCGAGACAAGCUGCUUGACUCGAUCACACUUUCGUCUGCGCAAGUCCCACUUUCAUCCUACUACAUGGUUGGCGUCGUCCACGACGGUGAGCUCCAUCUGACCGAAGUUACCUCGUGUCUGCAAAUGCGCCCCAAUCUCAAGUACCUCGACAAAAUCGACGAGAAAAAGAAGCAGUCGCAGAGCCGCAUCGCGGCCGAAGAAGCCAAGGAGGAAGGGCGUGAGCCAGAGGCAAAGAUGAUCCAGCUCCAAGUCCGAUCGGGCGACAAAAAUGCUAUGCAACGAGCCACCGCGCUGCAGAAACAAAAGGAGAUUGAUGACGAGCCUUGGCAAUCGCUCAAGAUCGAGCCUCAGGCGUCCCACAUUGCCAUGAACGCUCGUGACGAGCUACUUGGAGACAGUUCCAUCGAUCUUACGGUGGUCUCGAACAAGCAGGACUACCUUGAUGAAUUCAGGCCCAAGGUUCCGACAGAAGAGAUUAGAGACGAGAGAGGCCAGAUCAAGAUUACCCGUGGCAUGGCUAUGAACGACCUGCAGUCGGCCACCCUGCUGCACAAGAUCAAGGCGGUACUCAUCAAUGCCCAAAUCAUCGACUUUACGCGGCUUUACGAGAUGGUUGGCGCUGGCCACACUGAGGAAGAGGUCAUCGUGGUCCUGGAGCAGGUUGCGCUUCUAGUCCGAGGCACCUGGAUCCUGCGAAGUGAGCUGAUCUACACAGAUCGGCCGCGCGACGCCCGGCGCUAUCUCCUCGGACUUUUCCGCGACCACGAGUUUGUCGAACGCAAGCCCUUUGCCGACCGAGUGCUGCUGCCGCCCAGCAUCGUUGGCAGUUUCCUCCAGGAGAUUGCCAAUUUGCAUCCCCAGGAGCGCAAGUGGGGGCUCAAGGUUGCCCCGGACCGGCCGUUCAUGCAAAGGCACCCUGAACUGGUCAAGCGACACUACCAGCUGAUUUCCGAGGAAAUGGAACAGGCACUUGCGGCCAUGGGCAUUGGCGACAAGCGCGGGACUCAGAAGAGUCGGAGCGCCAGCCACUUUGUCAGCCCAACGACGGGCCGAGUCCCCGCGCCGGCGGCCGCGGCGGAAACCGUGGCUCGCUCCAAGCCCUCUGGAUCGACACCCCGAGCCGACAUCCAGACAUUCCUCGACCAGCUCAUCGACAAGAUCUUUCUGGCCAACGGCGUGUGCUCGCUGGAGUAUGUCCAGCACGAAGUGGCAGCAAAGAAGAGCGAAGCAGGAUCGAUGCUGGAGCAUGUCGAGAACAGCGCCGAGUUGGCAGCACGGGCAGUCGAAGCCCGCUGCACGCGCGUGAGCGGACGCUAUGUCCUGCGGACCCUGAACAACCCCGGCCUGGACCAGGUGAGGGACGUUGUCGUCAAGCUAUUCUCGAGACAGGAGUUGAUCAAGAAGCAGGACGUUGCGCAGGCCUUCAAGAGCCAAUACGGCAGCGACCUGCCCACGGCGCACUACAAUAAGGCAAUGAAGGAGCUGGCCAACUCUGGCGGCGGCGGCUGGACGCUCAAGAUGUCGCCGGCGCAGCCGUGAGCGAUCGACUGCGACCGAUCGGUCCUGGACAACCCCGUUCGACAGACGACGCCGCAUCCCCAGAGCAGCCCCAUCCAGUCUGCUGGGCCAGGCCCGGCCGAGGAACAGAUCCCAAAAGAGGGAAGAGCUGGGGCGAGUGAGUCGGAUGAGUCGCGGUGCGGAGCCGCCCAAUUUCCCGCGCCGUCAAGGACGAUCCCACCCCCACGAAAUACAGCAGCGAUGCGGAGAA